AUGUCCACAUCCAGCGGUACGAAGAAGCUGCGAGCAAUUUUCGAUCGACUUCGAAAAAGAGAUACGAAGGAGGUCUUCCUUUUGGAUGGAGGGACAGGUGAAGAACUCAUCCGACGAGGAGUCCCAGACGAUCGAAAAAUUUGGAGUGCCACUGCACUGGUAAAUCCACAAUAUCAUGAUACGUUGAAAGAUGUCCAUACCUCUUUUCUCAGAGCUGGUUCAUUGGCUAUCACCACCAAUUCUUACGGCGUCGUACCAGGAGUUGGAUUUUCGCCACAAGAAUGCAAAGAGUACAUCGCACUAUCGGGAAAGUUAGGAAGAGAGUCUGUGGAUGCCGAGAAAAGAGGAUUUGUAUUUGGCAGUCUUGGACCUUUGGUAGAAUCCUAUCGAGCAGAUUCGAUCAAGCAGCACGAAGAAGGAGUCAAAGAUUACCAGAUCGCUUGCGAUGCAUUGCUUCCAUUUGUGGAUGCCUAUCUACUAGAAACAGCAUCUUGUGUUGAAGAAUCCUUACAGGUGAUGGAUGCUAUGCGAUCAACAGAGAGUCGAAAAGCUGUACCUCUACUGGUUUCUUUCACCCUCAAUAACAAUGGGAAUACUCGUGAUAAUAAAGAAAUAUUGAAAAGCAUUCAGGAAGUUUUAAGAGAAUCGAAAGAGAAGGAGAUCGAACUGCUUGGAAUUCUUUUCAACUGCUGUAAGCCGGAAGCUAUUUCUAAAGCAUUAGAAAAAAUUCGAGCUGAUGGAGAUUUGACAGCAGCACUGGAAGAAACCGGUGUUCUUCUGGGGGUGUAUGCCAAUAGACUGACAGAUAUCGACCCAACCUGGACGCUCGCUGAUUCACAAGAAUCACAGCCAUUUCGAACGGAUUUAGAUGAAAAGCAAUACUGGAGUUUUAUACAAUUGUGGACCGAAAGAUUUGGUGUGAAGCUUGUCGGUGGAUGUUGCGGUAUUACACCUGUCUAUAUAGAACAUCUGAAAAACGAGCUCGGGAAAUUUGCACUUCAAUGA